AUGAACACCAAACUUUAAAACAAGGGAGGCUAUUACGUCCUAGAAAAGGCUUAGAAGAAAUAAACUAAGCAAACAAGGUAACCAAAAUAAACUCAAACUCAAAAAAAAUCAUUUAAACCUUUUGAAGGAAAAGGAAUAAAAAUGAGCAAUGAUAAAAAUCACUAUAACUGGAUUUGCGAAUAAUGUGGAUUUAUUAAUUAAGAAAACGCCGACAUUUGCUGUAAGAACUGCCAAUUUUAGAAAUGA